AUGAAGUGCCCUAAUUGUGCUCCGACGGAUAUAUGUACGUUUACGAAAAAACUAGGAACCUGCGACAAAUGUCUUGAGAAUGGGAUAGAGCACUGCGCUAUGGUUUGCGAGAAGUGUUAUGAACAAAGUUCAGAAUGUGAUUACAAAGAAAAAGAGAGGCCCGGCCCGAGAGGAGACAGAAGCGUAGAAGUCAGUGAGGAGGAACAAAGUGAAGAAAAUGAGAGUGCGAACCAAGAUAUGCAACAAAAUAGUCGUUUCGCUGACUCUUCACCACCUCAAAGAUCACAGAACUCGCAACAAAUUGAAAAGAUGGCAAACAUGAUGAACUCAGAACAAGUAAAUGACUUCUUUCAGGGGCACCCAAAUUACGACAAUCCGACUAAUAGCUCCAGUAGCAACGUGGUUAAUGCGGGAGUGAGUUUCGGUGAAAUCAAUCAAUCUUCUAUGAACACCCAAACCGACACAUCGGCCGAUUCCAAUGACCCGACGGUUAAUUUGAGUGAUGCCGAUACCGACCAAGGAUCUUCUGAUCAAUUCAGCAAUUUCUCGAACGCUGUUCACUACCCCUUUUCGUCUUAUCAACUCUCCGGGUUUUCCGGAGUUCGAAUUGAUUCUCCGGAAUUAAUUUAUUUCGAUGGUACAAUCAUAAUUCUUCGAGUGGUGAUCUCGGGGGCUUCCCAAGGAUUUUUCGAAUAUCACUACAUAGAAUUACGGUUAUGA